AAGUGAGGAUGAGGAGGAUUAAAGAGGAGGAAGAGUCCAGGAGGAGAUAAAGGGACAGCAGGAGGUGCAGGAGGAGUUGGUACCUGAGAGGAACCGACAGGUCCGUUGUUUUCCUGGCGACCUCUGACCCCAGCCCAUCAUGAUGACCCGGUCCAGGUAGAGGAGGCGGAGCCUGAGAAUGAGGCAGCUGAUGAACUUCCUGCCUGACUGACUCAGAUGCACCAUGCCCCCCCCCCUGCUCUUCAUCAUCAUCAUCAUCUCUCCGUCCUCCUCUCAGCCCAGCGGCCCAUUGGACGCCUGCAGCCUGGGGGCGGGGCCAGGACGGCAGGCCCUCCCCUGUCAGCCCCCCCCCACCAACAUGAAGGAGUUCAUGCAGAUCAGAGUCGACCCCCCUGGCAUCACCUGUGGAAACCCCCCAGAGAGGUUCUGCACUCUGGAGAACCCGUACCUGUGCAGCGACGAGUGCGACGCAUCCAGUCCUGACCUGUCUCACCCUCCUCAGCUGAUGGGAGACAGGGAGAGGGGGGGGCUCAUCACCUAUUGGCAAACCAUCACCUGGUCCAGGUAUCCUGAGCCCCUACUGGCUAACAUCACUCUGUCAUGGAACAAGAGUCUGGAGGUGGCUGAUGACAUCAUCAUUACCUUUGAAUACGGGAGACCGACCAGCAUGGUGCUGGAGAAAUCCAUGGACAAAGGUGCAACAUGGCAGCCAUAUCAGUACUAUGCUGACGACUGCCUCGAGGCCUUCGGCAUGUCACCUAAACAAGUUUCUGACUUGGCGCCGACCAACCUAACCCGGGUCAUCUGCACUGAGAAGUACUCCGGCUGGGUUGGGGCCAAGGAGGAGAAGAACGUGGUGUUUGAGGUGCGAGCCCGAUUUGGUGUGUUCGCUGGGCCAAAGCUUAUCAACAUGGAUGCCCUUUACAUCCGGAUGGAGACGAUGAAGGGUCUCAGAGACUUCUUCACCUUUUCCAACCUCCGUCUGCGGCUCCUCCGCCCUGCUCUAGGAGGAACCUACGUCCAGAGAGACAACCUACUAAAGUACUUCUACGCCAUUUCCAACAUUGAUGUACCUGCCAGGUGCAAAUGCAACCUACAUGCAUCUCGCUGCGUGCUGCGGCAUGCCACUCUACAGUGUGAAUGCGAGCACAACACCAGCGGACAGGACUGCCAGCGCUGCAGGGGGGGCUUCAGGUCCCGCAGCUGGAGACCGGGAUCCUACCUGCCCCUGCCCAGAGGCGCCGCCAACACCUGUGAAGCAGCAGGAAGCGCGGUUGCAGCUUCUGAUGGACCAGAUGGAGAAGCUGACAUCACGACCUCUGCCCCUGACAGCAGCACCAAGCCUGACCUGAACGCUGCUGUUUGGACAUCGCCCGCUCUGACUGACGAUACUUUCGCUGGCAGCCAAACUCUUCCGGACAGAACCGUGUCCAGCUCCUCUACCACCACUGACAGCAUUUUGUCCAUAUUUUACUAUUCACUGGGUACUUACACAACCACAGGAAGUGCUCUUACUCUACCAGGUGCAGCCAGAAAUUCGAUUGCCACUGACCCACAGAGUGUCACUGCUGCAGAGACAAGUACUGCCACUGAUAGUCCAAUUAUGACUGAUACCCCUGUAUUUGGUAGGACUAGCACUAUAUCCAUGACUGACAUGAGCAGUACUCCGUACUACACCAGUACUACAAAUUCUGUGAUGGCCGUAGAUGUUAUCACAACAUCUGAGAGUAGUACUGUAGUUUUUACUGCUGUGAGUAGUACUCGUAGUGCUAGUAAUGCUGCUACAACAGGACCUCCAGCAGACAUCCGUUCAUCCGUCGGUACCGCCCAGGGGAAAGUUACCAACAGUCCCAGUAGCACCAUUAGCAGCUACAGUGUAGCCAGUAAUAGCUUCACAAUCUCAGCCAACACCAGGAACUUGGAGGAGUCUAAGAGUAGCUCAGUGACACCACCCUUUGACUCCACCUUUUCUGGGACUGGUAAUACCGACUUGGUGACCAGAGUCACUCCACCUUCUGUUUUUGUAGCGUCAUCAACCAGGGCCCAGAAUCCAGCAACCAUUCCAGAAAUCACUCCACCCAGUGAACAGCUGUCUUCAGGGGAUGCUCUGUCAACUGGAACUACUCCAACCUCUCAGGAAGGAGACGCUCCACCUUCAGCCAGAGUUGACACUACGUCUGUUUCUCCAGAUAUUCUAGUCAAUCCAUUGCCCCCUCCAGAUGUCCCAUUAGAUGUAGCAAGUCUUCCUGAAGAAGCAAAACCCAUUUUAAAAGCCCAGAGUAUGCUUCAUCCCAUGGAACCUCCUGAAGAUGUUCGCUUUUAUGUACCUUCAGUUUUACCACCUUCAGACGUUCCACCAGGCACCCUGUCAUCUAAAGCUCAAGAAACUGCAACUGAUUUGCUGUCUUCUGAGUUACUUCUGCCAAAGGAAUCUCCUCCUCUAGGAUCUACUUUAAAAAUACCUCCAGAAACAUUCUCCUCUAGAGAUUCUGACAGUUCGAUGGCUGUAUCUUCUCCUGAUUCAGUUUCAGAUAUACCUUUUCCUGACUUCCCUUCUCAUAAUAAACCUCCAGAAACACCUCCUCCAGAUCUAGAGUCCUCUAGGACUCCUGGCGCUUUGACAGAUGCAUCCCUUCCCUCACUAACUCCACCCAAAAUUCCCCUUUCAGCUCCUGGGGCUGAUGUAGAGCCAUCGGCUCCCUCUGGGGGAGAAUUGGAAUUGAAUCCAGGUUUUGAAACCUUGGAUCAAUCUAAACCCAAUGCUAAUCUAGGUGUGGAUGAAUCACUACAAAAUCCAAUGUCUAGUUCAGAACAAGCCUCCGUUGUUGAUCCUGCAACCCAACAAGAAGAAAAGUAUUCUGUGGUGGAAGCAGCUCAGCCAUCCGAAGAAUCGGCAUCUGGAAAAAAGGAGUCUAAAGAAGAAAGGACAGAUGGAAGAGAGAUCAAAGGAGUCGCCAUUUCCAAAGAGGAGGAGAAAGGCUUUGAGAAGAAAGCAAUCCAGAAGAUUCUGAUUCCAGGGGGACCAAAGUCCACUCAGCUGUCCAAAAUCAUUUACAUCAACUUCCAGGACUGCGAGUGUAACGGUCACUCCAACCGCUGCAGCUACAUCGACUUCAUCAAUGUGGUGACGUGUGUGAGCUGCAAGCACAACACCCGAGGACAGAGCUGCCAGUACUGCCGCCUCGGUUACUAUAGAAACGCCUCGCUGCCACUGGAUGACGACAACAUCUGUGUGGAGUGCGACUGCGACCCGGAUGGCAGCGCGUCUCCUCACUGCUCUGACUUGGGUUUGUGUCGCUGUAAAGCUGGAGCCACCGGGCGGCGCUGUGACUCCUGCGUGUCUGGGUUCACCUGGCGAGGAGGCGGAGCCGGCUGCACAGAGAACGUCUGCGACUCGGAGCGGCUGCUCUGCCAGAACGGCGGCACCUGCGUCGACUUUCUGCGCUGCACCUGUCCAGGCAACUCCACAGGUCAGUUCUGCGAGCGGAGCGUCUGCACGAAGAAGAGCGGCUGCACUACGAACUCAAAGGGCUCCUCCCCCUUGGUGACAUCACAACUUCAUCUGGUGACCUUCAUCCUAAUCAGCUACACCAUCAGCUGACCAUGCCCCGUUACAGACCACACCCACUAUGACAUCACAGGCAGGUGGGAUAAAGAUAAUUGGUCCUGAUUAAAAGCUAAUAAUCAUUAUUUUUUCUGCAGUAUGACAGGAAGUGACAUCACCCUUUAUUCUCAACUGUUGCACCUGUCAGGUGACUCUUUAGUGUUGAAUAGCAAAGAAACCAUCAAAAACCCAAGACUGAAUACAUCUCACUUCCAACAUGAACACUACAUUACCCAGAAUGCUCCUGUGUCCCACAGCGGUGAGGAAAAUGGGGCGGCACUGCGAUGAUGAAGGCGGAGCUUCAGCUGCUCUGAAACACUUCCUGCUGCUGGCGACACGCCGAUAAUCCCAGGAAUCCAUUCCUCUGACGACGGAUGAAAAAUGUCAGAAUAAGUCCAAAAAUUACGGAAAAACAGGAAGCAGACAGGAAGGAAACAGGAAGCAGAC